AUGGCUUCCAAUACAGGCAAGGCCGGUGUCAUUGUCGCUCCCGAUUCUGCCAGCCCUAUGGAUCAUCUUGCACACGCCGUCCUCGACGACCUCCUCUACAAUACCAUACACGACAUACUCAUAAAAGCACAUCGAGACGAGAAAAUGGCAAGAGCGACGACGGCUGUCAUUCUUGCUGAGAAGCUGGCUUCCGAUGCAUCAGAAAGCUCCACCCCCGACUCCAAACCCGAUGUCAGAAUAGAGACGGAUGCCGCCAUCUACGAAGACGGCAAGGUCACACUCAAGGGCAACCCUCUCAAGACGACGAAAGAUAUCCUGUGUCCACGCUGCCACCUCCCCCGACUCCUUCAUCCCACCGACGGCAAGGGCGCGAGGAAACCCGACCCUGGCGUCGUCUACUGCAAGAAGGUGCCUUACAUUGACAAGCCUGGAUUCGAUAUUUAUGGCCAGACGUGGGUACAGCCGGGACCCGGCCGUGGCAAGAAGAAGAAGGACAUGAAGCCGGACCCAAACAUCGAACCAAACCCCGGCGCCCCGGAUCAGCGACCUCCCAACGUCCUCUCCUUCCCCUCCGCCACCUGCAGCAAGUGCAAGCGCUGCAUUCUCGUCACCAGGCUGAACAACCACAUGGGCUCCUGUAUCGGCAACAGCGGCAGGAACGCCAGUCGAGCAGCCGCGGCCAAGAUUUCAAAUGGCAGCAACGGGAACAGCCAGAACGACGGCACGCCCCCCUCGAGUCAAAAGGCCACACCAGUCCCGAAUUCACGAGCCUCGAGCCCCAAGAAGCGUGCCAGUGAGGAGGCGGAAGAAGAUGGCACGUCCGACGCGAGCGGGCCCAAGAAGAAGAAACUGAAGCCGUCCCCAAUGACAAAGAAGGUCAUCCUCAAGACGAAGGGUCCAAAGAAGGACAAGGUCAAGGGCGGCUCGCUCCUGAGCCAGGAGCACAAGCCCGACGAUGAUGAUGGCGACAACUCGACGGUCGAGGUGGCCCCGAAGAAGAAAGUCGACAAAGACAUUGGAAAAGGCAUCAGUCCUACGAAGAAACUCAAGCUCGGCUCCAACAAGCCGCCUCUGUCAUCACCCAUGAGCAAAAAUGGUCGAGAAGGAGACGCCGAGUCUGAGUCUAGUGGAACGUUGUCGUCACCUCCUCAUGCUUGA